UGUCAUUGGCUGGUUGUCGGUCACACGUGGGGUCUCAAGGCCGUACAGUGUGGAAUCGGGUCAUUUACGACGACUGUCAACAGGCCUGAUCUUCCCUUGUCCCUUUCCUUCCAGAAGCACGUAUCGCAGUUUUGAACAAGCGUUUUUGGAGAAAAGAAUUACCAAAUAACGCCUGUAUCACGCUCACUAUGGAAGGCGGUCGAAUCAAGAGCUGUGUUCCCCUGUUUACCCUGAAGGAGGUGGCGCAGCACUGCGAUCUGGAGUCUUGCUGGAUAGUCGUAUCAGAUCUGGUCUAUGACGUCACCAAUUUUAUCAGAGAGCACCCCGGGGGUGAAGACAUCAUUCUUGAACACGCGGGGACAGACGCAACAGUGGCCUUCGUGGACAAGGGUCACUCAACGGACGCGUACGAGAUGCUCCGAGACUAUCUGGUCGGACAGUUAGUGAAGGAGGAAAGACGACCCCCGACCCGACUUGCUGGAGCUUCCUAGUAACCACGUGUAACUGUAACAUACGACAGAUCUCGGAUAGCUGGAAUUCUUGUUUGAGGGGAAAUCGCGUCAUAUUUCACAUUCAUAUUUCUGCCACAAUGGGAACAAUGACAACGAUCUCGCGCUGCACACCUGUUGGACGAUCUCGGAUAAUGCAACUCCACUGAUUAACGAAGAGAGGCCGCUACAUGAUAAACGUUUAUGACAGUAGUGAGGUGGUGAAAUGGGGUUUAACGUCGCGUCCAAGAUUAUUGCACUUAUAUGGCGACGUGCAUGUACGUGUGUGUGUUUGUGUGGCUGCUUGUACUAGUCCGGACUGACGCCGAUUUAUAGUGCU